GUGCAGCCGGUUUCUCCUUACGCUUCUACUAGCCAUGAGCGCCGUUACCAAACCCGUCCGCCUCGCCUAUCGGGAUGAGAAAGGGAGGCUUCGUAUGAAUGAAGAAGCUGCUUCGAUCCUUCUGCUUGUUAAAGGACCGAUCGGAGUGGUUUCAGUUUGUGGUCCUGCUCAGUUAGGCAAGAGUUAUAUCUCCAAUCAGCUUAUGGGAAGGACUAGUGGAUUUGAGGUGGGACGAAGGCCAUAUAAUCCUGAUCACUGCACUGAAGGGCUUUGGAUGUGGUUUUCUCCUUCAACAAAAACUGCUGAUGAUGGGACCAACUACAAUAUCUUAGUGAUAGACACUGAAGGAUCGGAUAGUCCAUAUGGGGAAAAAUGCUUGUAUCUAGCUGUAGUCUUAUCAAGCAUGUUAAUAUACAAUCAGAUGGGAGAUAUAGAUGGGACUUCAUUUCAUUAUGUCUCUGUUGUAACUAAAAUGGUUAAUACGAUGGCUGGAGACAUCACAGCAUCUGAGUUUAAACAAUUCUUCCCAAUGUUCUUUGUCUGGCUUUUAAGGGAUUUCACUUUGUGUUUGGGGGAAAUGACUCCAUGUGAGUACAUGGAUGACUUUGCUUUGAAGCCGUUAGAUGUUUGUGAAUGUCCUGAAGAUGUUAAAUAUGUUAAUGAAUUAAACAAGGUUAAAACAUCCAUCAAAGAUCUCUUCGUGGGCAGGCACUGCUUCAUAUUUCACCGACCUUCUCUUGAAGAGAAAAAACUCCUGAUUCUUGACAAAGUACCAGUGCGUUGCUUGAGGAAAGAGUUCAGAGAAGGAGUGAAGGAGUUAAGGAGUUUAAUUUUUGAGAAAACUAAGCCCAAGAAGAUAGGAGCAACGGUUGUGACCGGACCUAUUUUUGUUCAAAUAACCCGCUACGUUAUUGACGCUCUCAACAAUGGCAAAAGGCCCACGAUUGCUUGCAUAUUGGAGCACGUUGAGAAAACCAAGCGCCCAAAGGCAUUGAAAUCUGCUACCAUUGCUACUGUAUUUGACGAUCCCCCGGCUGCAAAUACACGGCAAAGGAAAAGGAUGUUGAGCUAAGAGAUGGCCUUAACCCCUACAUGAAAUGGAGGGAUGGGAGUAGACUGUAUGAAAGACUGAAGUAGGGUAUUAUUAGGUGUUCUUCCUUUAACAAGGUCAUGCAUACAUAUA